CGUGAAACUGAAACCACAUCAAAGCUGACAUCGUUUCGUGAGCUCAUGAAGAGGUGCCUCAGUGCAGCAACAAAAAAAAAAAAAAAAAACACAAAACUUCAGUUCGCGAUCUCACUUGGUGGAGGAAUCAUCUUGCAUCUUCCUCUGUUUGGUGAUGGAAAAUUUAGCAGAUUUCUUCACAGAUGCAUUUUCAGAGACUUCUGUCCCAUCGUUCCGCGAUGAAGAUCUGGACUUUGAGAGCCUAAGUUUUGAUGAUCAAAGAUGGAGAGAAGAGACAGAAGACACGACGACAGGCAAAGCUUUGCUCCAGGAAGCAGCUGCUGAGAGCGGAGCUUUGUUAGACGAAGCGAUAGAAGAUGUUUCUUUUAUGGCAGGAAGAGUUGACGAAGAGAAGGAUGGCGAUGAACCUCCUGAGGUGAAUUUGAAAGGUGACACACCAGAGAGAGAUUGCACAAGCUCGGAUGGAGAUUCGGACCAGGAAGGUUCCGUCUCUGGAGAAGCUGAAGAGGUUGGAUCGGGGACAGCAGAGGAACCAGGGGAGUUGCUGAUGGAAGCUUGCUGCAGUGAAAAGCACCUCAGCGCCGAUAAAGAGGACAAGAUCUUUACUGAGGGACGACCUUUAGACCUUCAACACAAUGAGGUUGAAGGGGAUGAGGAUGUGGGCUAUUUUGGUGGCAUCCCUGAACGAGGCAGUGAGAUGACGAUGAUGAUAACGAUGAAGGAGGAUGAGCAAGAAAGAGAAGCGGACUCAUCUGAGUCUGAGAAGGUGAAAGAAAAACAUGAGGAAAGCGCUCCGUCAGAGGAUGAGAGAACAAGUUUGACGUUUCCAGACAUAUCGCUGCAAUACCUGCAAGAUCUCAUUGCUGAAGUUGAUAGUGAAGAAGAGUGCGUGGAGAAAAUAGCUGAAUUUUCUGGGGAGGAGCACCAGGAGGCAGGUGAGAGCUUUGCAGAUUAUCCCUCUGACUUUUCUUCCUGUGAAUACGCAGAAGGAGGAAGAAAUGACCCAGAGCAGAAGAUGAACAAUGAACCUUUUGUAGGGCAGAAUACGAAUGUUGAGGAAGUUAAGACCAGAGCUGAAGACUUUGAUGAUGAGAAGGAAGAUGAAAUUCUGUACAGCAUAGAUUUAAAGAUAUAUGAAAAUAUGAUGUUGAGCCCAGAUGAGGGACAACCUCAGCUUUUUUUGGCAGCAAGUGGAGGUGAUGAUGGAGAUGAGACUGAGGAAAGUGGUUCUUCCACACCCAGCGAUGAUGAUCAGAAACUGACCAGAACCACAGAGGAGCCAGCAGAGACCAUGAGCUUGCAUGAUCCCAUAAACACCGAGCUCACAGGGAACAUUCAGCUUUAUGGGGAAGGAAUUGCCGUGUUGUCCAGGUGGGGAGCCUCUGAUGACCAUCAUUUCACAAAUAACAGAGAUGAAAUCACAAAUUUAGGCCUUUUGAAAACUGACAGCAUGCCCUUUGAAACACUGUCGAGCACAGAAGAACUAGAUAAGAAAGUAAUACCACCGUCAUAUGCAAACCACACUCCAGAUGACGACCUAAACACAAUGUCCACGUCACAAAACGAGGAAAGAAAAGAGGCAAAUCCUUCCAAUCAGGGAUCAAUUGAUGAUGACUUUUUGUUUGAAAAUGAACAAAGUAGCACCUGGAGCGAUGAGCAGGGGGAACUAGGAGACGAUGAGGAUGAAAAAGACAGGUGGGAACAGGAACAUGAGAGAAUUGAGGCUUUCUACAGGUUUUAUAAUGACAGCGAAGAGGACGACGCGGUAGAAGAGAGACAAACAAAAGUUCAGUUUUGUUCAAACCCCUUAUCCCAAGUCAUCCACUAUGACAAUGAAAGUAGUGACAGAGAUUCAGACACCAGCUCUUCAAACAGAGAUGAGGAUUUUGACUCUGCAGGAGGAUCAGAGGAACUGAUAGAAACAGAAGACACGCUUCAAAUAGAACCUGCAUCUGAUCCCCCGACCAAUCAGCAGCAAGAAAGAGCAGCAGAUGUUAGCAACACGCCCACCUGCACAGAACACCAUGAGAGUCCCCAGUUCCUGAAGCUGCUUUUGAAGAUGAUUGUGGUAAUGGUGAUGGGCCUGCUGAUGUUCUAUCUGACCACAGACCGGGCGGACUGGUUCAGUCAGUUUUUCUUCCUUUAGGACACCGGCUAAUUUUGUUUUUUAAACUUUUUAUAUGUAAUAAAAAUUAUGUUGACAUUGAUGACUUGUAUAGAAGUAAGUAACUUUUUUAAGCUAUUUUGACUUGAAGUUGAGUGAAUGUUUGAUCCUUCCUUUGAAAUAACACUGACUGAUUUAUGUAUAUAAAUGAUUAAAUUCAAUUACCUUUGUCUGUAAUUUUUUUGGUAAAUUUGAAUGUUUUUAAAUCUCAAAAUAAAAUACAGUGUUUUUUUAGUUAUUAACAUUA